AUGAAACCCCGGAUCGAUCAAAGCUCACCGCAACAAAAUGGACAAUCGACAGCGGAAAAUUGUGAACCAUGUCAAUUCUACAUGAAGAUCGGCGCGUGCAGACACGGCGAUAAAUGCUCGAGAAUCCACACGAAACCAACACGAAGCAACACGAUUUUACUCAAAAAUCUUUAUCGACAAGCGAAAGUUUUUCUAUUUCCAUAUGGAGUUGAUCCAUUGAGUGACGCGUUGGAACAAUCGAUAUUUGAGGAAUUUUAUGAAGAGGUUUACACAGAGAUCGCAUCAACGUGCGGGAAAAUUCGAGAAAUGCAUGUUUGCGAGAAUCACGGAGCACAUCUAAACGGCAAUGUUUAUGUUAAGUUCUACCACUCAUCAGCCGCUGUGAGAGCCGUGAAAAAGCUUUGUGCUCGUUUCUUCGCCGGUUCAACUCUAGACGUCGAGUUGUCACCAGUUCACGAUUUUAUCGACGCCAGUUGCCGACAACAUCAAACAAGCUGCUGUUCCCGGGGUGGAAUCUGUAAUUUUAUGCACGUGAAAACCGUGCGCAGUGUGAUUCUUGAUCGACUUCAAAAGAAAUCCGUCACAUCAAGCCCAUCAGCGAGCAAAGAGAUUUCAAAAUCGCAAAAAGACAGUGACAGUGACAUCACUAAUUCGAGUGAUGACAGUAGCCGAAAAAGGAAAAGAACAAAAAAAGAUGACGAGAAUGAAGAAGAAGAUCAUUUACCCACAAAAUAUCAAGCGGUUUUCAAUUCAUCAUCAAACGACGAGACUUCAUCGGAUUCUUUCCUCGAUGAGAGCUUUUCCGAUGAUUCCCGGGCAACGCCGAAAGCUUUUCGAACGGAGAGAUUCAAUUCUGAUCAAGAGCCUGAUGAAAUUAAUCAAAACGAGAUUGCACCUGCUGAAAGAGCCGAAAGGAGAGCGAGAGAGAUCAAGAAAAUGCAGAUAAUAAGACAUCGUCGAUGGGAAUUGCUGCAAUCAAAGUUGAAACCCUCAAUGAAUGAAGAGAUUUACGACAGUGAAGAUGAGCACGAGAAAAACUUUGUUUUCAGCCUCUUG